GCUUCAGCUAACGUAGAACCCUAGUAAGUUUCAAAAACAACCAGCGAUUCUGAAUAUAUAUUCCCUUUCUAACUCGGAAAAUUCUGCAACGCAAAAAAAAUUGUAGUUCGGAAAUGGAUCGGGACACCUCUUUUCUGUUCGCGGGGACAAAUUUCAACCGCAAAAAGUUCGCCGAUGUUUUUGAUAGAUUCAAGGGGAAAAAAGAAAGUGAUGAAGCAGCAGAGGAGUUGAAUUUGAUUGACUAUGGAAGUACUCAGAAGGAGGAACAUACAUCAUUGCGUGUUAGUAAGAAAAGGAAGAGGAAGGGAGCAGUUUCAGACCCAGUUGAAGGAUUCAGUGUAUUCACAAGUUCUAAAUCAAAAACAGAAGCUGAUGGUGAAGGAAAGGAGCAUCGUGGAAGUGAAAUUUUAGAGGGAAAGAAGGAAUACUAUAGACAAUUGGAGCGGGAUGCAAUUUUCCGGAAGAAACACAAUAUUCAUGUUUCUGGGAGUAAUGUUCCUUCAUGUCUACAGAGCUUUACAGAGUUAAAAUCAAGGUUUGGAUGCAAAUCAUACCUGUUACGCAAUCUGGCAAAACUAGGAUUCAAAGAGCCAACACCAAUUCAAAUGCAGGCUAUUCCAGUCAUCCUAUCUGGACGUGAAUGUUUUGCUUGUGCACAAACUGGUUCUGGAAAAACAUUUGCUUUUGUCUGUCCAAUACUUAUGAAGCUCAAGCAAACUUCUAAAGAUGGUGUCCGAGCUGUAAUUCUUUGCCCUACAAGAGAGUUAGCUGCUCAGACAGCAAGAGAAUGCAAGAAGUUAACCAAAAGAAAGGAAUUCCAUAUCAAAUUGAUGACUAAACAACUUGCAAAAAGUGCUGACUUUUCAGUGCUUCAUUGUGAUAUACUCAUAUCAACACCAUUUCGCUUACAGUAUGCUAUUAACAAAAGAAAGCUUGAUUUAAGUAGGGUUGAAUUUCUUGUCUUGGAUGAAGCUGAUAAGCUUUUUGAGCUGGGCUUGAUGGAGCAGGUUGAUUCAGUGUUCAAAGCUUGCUCAAAUCCUUCAAUUUUGCACUCACUGUUCAGCGCUACUUUACCGGACGAGGUUGAAAAGAUUGCACGGACAAUCAUGCAUGAUGCUGUUCGUGUUAUCAUUGGUCGGAAAAAUUCUGCUUCUGAAACAAUUAAGCAGAAACUGGUGUUUGUAGGAAGUGAAGAAGGAAAAUUUAUUGCUCUUCGCCAAACCUUUUCAGAGAGUUUGAAUCCACCAGUGCUAAUAUUUGUUCAAAACAAAGAGAGGGCUAAGGAGCUGUACAAUGAGGUGAAGUUUGAUGACAUUAGAGCAGAUGUAAUACACUCAGAUCUCUCGCAAAAACAGAGAGAAAAUGCAGUUGAUAACUUUAGAGCCGGAAAAACAUGGGUUUUAAUCGCAACAGAUGUUAUUGCCCGUGGUAUGGAUUUCAAAGGUGUCAAUUGUGUCAUCAAUUAUGAUUUUCCAGAUUCUUCUUCUGCAUACAUUCACAGAAUUGGGCGAUCUGGGAGAGCGGGAAGGAGUGGAGAGGCCAUCACCUUCUACACAGAAGCUGAUGUCCAGUUUCUGCGGAACAUAGCUAAUGUUAUUACUGCAUCUGGAGGCGAGGUUCCCGACUGGAUCAUGUCAAUGUCCAAGAAGAAAUGGAGGAAGCACAGACCGCAAAGAGAAUCGAUUUCAACAGGACCCCAAGACGAUUAAAACAUAAAUUACACUCCCCGGCCACCUCGUGGGAAGGAAAGUUUUGUUGUUGUGAGUUCGUAACUUGCUAAUCUUAGACAAUACCUGAAAAUGUUCCUUAUGAACUACACAUCUGUCAUAGAGAUCUGUUUUCUGUCAUUUGAAGAAAUCAUUGUACAUUUUGUUGGACAAGAAAGAAAAAGAAAAAAAAGUGUCAAUUCCUGAGAA